AUGGUGGAAGCUGAGGUUGUGCAUCGUUCUCCGCCACCAAGUUCGGGAUCAGACAUCGUGAUACAAGAACCCGACCCUGAAAUACCUGUGCGACCUCCACGUCCUAGUCCAACUUCGAUAGUUGGAGGCAGACGAGGCAUCAUGAUACAAGAACCUGACCCUGAAAUUCCUGUGCGACCUCCACGUCCCAGUCCAGCUUUGGCAACUCAAGGGCGCCGAGGCAUCGUGAUACAAGAACCUGACCCUGAGAUACCUGUGCGACCUCCACGUCUCAGUCCAACUUUGGCAAUUCAAGGGAGCCGAGGCAUCGUGAUACAAGAACCUGAUCCUGAAAUACCUGUGCGACCUCCACGUCCCAGUCCAGCUUUGGCAGAUCAAGGGAGCCAAGGCAUCGUGAUACAAGAACCCGACCCUGAAAUACCUGUACGACCUCCACGUCCCAGUCCAACUUUGGCAACUCAAGGGAGCCGAGGCAUCGUGAUACAAGAACCCGACCCUGAAAUACCUGUACGACCUCCACGUCCCAGUCCAACUUUGGCAACUCAAGGGAGCCGAGGCAUCGUGAUACAAGAACCCGACCCUGAAAUACCUGUGCGACCUCCACGUCCCAGUCCAACUUUGGCAACUCAAGGAAGCCGAGGCAUCGUGAUACAAGAACCUGAUCCCGAAAUACCUGUGCGACCUCCUCGUCCCAGUCCAACAACGAGAACUCAAGGGCGUCGAGGCAUCGUGAUUCAAGAACCUGACCCUGAAAUACCUGUGCGACCUCCACGUCCCAGUCCAACUUUGGCGACAGGAGGGAGUCGAGGCAACCUGGUACUUGAACCUGGUCCUGAACUACCUCCACAACCUCCGCAUUCUGGUCCAGCUUCGACAGCUGAGGAGAAACAAGGGAUCGUGAUACAAGAACCUGAUCCGGAAAUACCCGUACGACCUCCACGUCCCAGUCCAACUUCGGCAACAGAAGGACGACGAGGCAUCGUGGUACAAGAACCCGAUCCCAAACCUCCACGCCUUGCUCCAAUUCUAACAACCGAGAGAGAAGAAGACAUCGUGAUAAUACAAGAACCUGACCCUGAACCUCUGCGUUCCAGUCAAACAAUGGAAUAA